CCUUAUCAUCAACAGAUAGGAAAAGUUUUUUAAAAUAUAAUUAUAUAGAAAAUUUCAAAAGCUUCUUCUAAUUUGUCACAAACAGACGUGUAGAAGAAGAGUCAGUGCAGCGGCAGAAGGAAGAGAGGAAGAAACAGAAUGGUGCCAACAAGAAGAACAAUAAUGAGCCCAGCUCGGAACUGAGGCUACACGAGUUGAGGGCUGAGAAGUAUAACGGACUCGUUAGACUGCUAAAGCCUGGAUGUCGAACGAUCGUGCUGCUGGUAGACAUGCAGAGUCGCGUGCAGCUGCUCUCCAAGUUCCAUAAGAUCGUGUGGCCCUACCGCAAGAACAAGACGCUGGUGUUCGCGUACCUGUGCGUGGAGCGUCACGCGUCAUGGUUCGCGCGCGUGCUGCAGCUGUCGCUGGGCGGCGCGGAGCUGCGCCUCAACUGCAGGAACUGCGUCGGCACCGUGCUCGCGCUCAACCCACACCGCAAGUACUUCUGCAUCUACCACGCCAAGCAUCCCGAGUGCACCAAGCCACACAAGCGUAUGAGUCGAAUGACGCGAUCGCUGGGUGAGACGGGUACGUUCGACCCAGAAGCGGGGGCCUUCAUCGGGUUCCAUACCUCGCCCGACUCCUCCUCCGCUGACGAGGCCACCGACCCGCCCGUACUCAUGCAAGAGAAUCUGUUGGACGGGCUGGAGAACUGGCUGGACCGUUUGUUCGAGGGCAGCACCCACCGCUACUACAUCAACUACUGGCCCGACAUGACCACCAAGUGAGCGUACACACACAAACACACACAUAUACUCUGUUCACACACACUCGUGACACGUUGUGACGUAACUAGGGUUGUUAGUUUUAUAUGAAUCUUGUGUUAUUUGAAUCUUAUUGUAAUGUAAAGAUCUGUUAAAAAUAGAUUUUUUUAAUAGUGAACUAUAGUUAUUGUUGAAAUAAAGUGUUGUUUGAGUAUGUUUAACGACUUACUCUCGUUACUGUUUUACGAGAUAACUAGAUUAGUUUCAAGUCAAGCUAGGGACUCAUAUUCAUGAGCGAACGAAGCGCAGCUAACUACCACUAACCAAGCAGUUAAGGGAGUAAUCCGUUAAACAUAAUUGAUUUAAUAGCUCCAAUGGCAGUAAUGUUUCAAUAAUAAUAAGUAUUGUUUUUUUUAAGUAGUAUAUAGAAUUAUAUUUUCUUUUAAAAUGGUUGUUAUUCUAUAUAUCUUCGAUAUAAUCCGUUGGAGCUUCCUUUAAAAUGGUUAUUCCUAUUAAAAGGCCAGUGUAUGCCUAGUUACGCCAAAACGGAGCAUGGUUCAAAACAGUUUUUAAUUUAAUUAAUUUCUUGUAUUUUUUCGUCGUUGUUAAGGAAAUAUACUGCCCGGUUAUUGCCGUUUUUGACCAUAGAUUAUAAAUAAGUGUGAUAAUUAAUCGUAACGGUUUGCCUUAGAGCUGAUGACCGAGUAAGGAGUUGAGAGUUGAGAUUGCUGGUCCGAAUCGUUGUUUGAAAUCUGUAAUAUGUUACAAGAUCAACGGAAAUACGACCUUACGUUUGGAGACACAAAGUUGAAUUUAAAUAAACAAAAUUUUGAAGAAUUCAGUCCCGCCUAUAUCCUUACUUAAGACUUUUUUAAGACAAAAUAAUUAGCUUCCAGGAAAACUUUUUAUAAUUAGUAAAAGCAGUUAUGUGUGUCAGCGGCUCAGGUAUCUAUUUUCUAAAUGAGAGCCUUAUGUAAAGGAAAUAAGACAGCUUUUAGAUUACGAUUCGGAAAGUUGCGUAUCCGACAUAAUAUAAUAAUACGGUGUCAGGUUAUCACGAGCUCGCGUUGCGUGGUACUUUGUGUGACUGUGCGGCACGGUACAGUCGAUUAAACAAGUAUAAUACUUAUCAAUUUGCUUUGGACACAUUUCUAUUGACAAUGCGUAAAUGGCAACUCCAUCCUAAGACAAGUCGAUAAACGAAUUAAAAAGUCAGUUCAUGGAGUUAUUUGUAAUCCAGUAAUAUAUGCAGGCAGCUGACGGUAGCAAGUCGCCUCCAAUAGGUUGACCUUGAAGUCACUGGGGUGAGGGGGGGAGAUAUUAAUUCACCAGUAGAUUUUAUAGCUGCUAUAAUGAUGAAUUAAUUAAAGUGAAGUGAAAAGAUUUAUUAAAGUGUCGAAGUAAACCCAAGGUUUUACCUCUAACCAUUUUAAACAAUUCCUUAGAAGAAAGUCAAUAUUUUGUUGAUUGCGAUAUUCUUGCAAAUCAAACAAUCAAUAUUUAAAGGAAUUUCAGAGACGUCAUAAAACGUAUGUUUAAAAAGAAAUGUGUCCAAAGUGCUAGGCCAAAUUGUAUUAGUGCCUAUGUUGAAUAAGUAGGCGAACUGAUUCUCCUACUGUAUAGGUAUUAGCUUUAUUCUAGCUCGGAGUUUAUAACGUUCGGAGGCCGGUGUUAGAACUCAAUUCAUAUUGAGGAAUGUAAUAGGAAGGUUAUGCAAAAGUGAUUCAUCGUACAUUGAAAUAAGGCAGUUUAGUAUUUGUAAGUAUUUAUUACCUUGUCUAUGACUCUGUGUUUUCUGUUGGUUCAUCAAGACAUCUAUCAAGUCCUGACUAGUAUUUAUAUGUCAUUAGUUUAACUUUUAAAUACUACAUUUAAGCAAUUUUCAAGUUUGUGUCACUCAGAGAAAGCCAUAUAAACUUACCGUGAUGAACCACUUUUGCAUAACCACGUCUAUUUAGCUAAUGACUAUAAUAAUAAUAUACAAAUUAUUUAUAUAAGUUUAGUUCAUUUCAUCGUAUUCGUUUACAAGGUUUCUAUAUCUGUGUUCAUGUAUAUGUUUUUGUAUUUGCCUCGCAUGUAUAUUUCGUAAUUUUAUAAUAAUGGGCAUAAUGCGGCUAUAUUUACUGCUUCAAGCGUUAAUGGAGAAUAUGGCCUCAUAAAAAAAACAUUUUCGUUAGAUACUGACCAGCUUUUGACAGCUACAGUAUGCCAUAAACUUCAUUAGCGCCCUCUAGCGGUAACAAAAAAACGCUCAUUCACACCGGUCCUCGUUCAAAUAAGAAAUUAAGAGAAAUGAAACAAAUAUUCACACUUUUAUAUAAAUAAAUUAAUAUUAGCUGUAAAUUAGCAAUUUGUCUUCACAAUAUCACAAUAACUAGUUUUAUAGAGAGUACAAUGAAGUAAGGACAGUAUUUCAGCACUGCACCUCAUUUAACGUAAAUACGUUAUUACAUGUCCACGUGGACUUCGACUUCUAUUGCUAUUUACCACAGUUUUCUGCGACUUAUAAUUGAUUUUGUUGAUGUUACAUUUAAGUUUUUUCUAUAUAAAACUGAGUCGAGAUACGUAUACAACAGAUACUUUAUUAUAUCUCUGAAUGUAUACGUAAUAAAGUUUAGGCUAUAAAAAAGCAGGACCUUCACGCGUCAAAAUGAUAAAAUUAUUCGAGGCCCUAUUUCCUAUCGUGACU